AUGGAUACCUUCAAUGAAACUAACGUUUGGGGAGACUCAUCACUGAAACGUUCUACAGAUUUGCCCAGAGACCAUAUAGGGGGGCAUACUGGGGAGCUUCCCGGCACACUUACUGAGGAUCUAGAUGGACAGAUUACCGACACGGCCAACGCGAACGCGAACGCCAAUGCCGAUUCCGACUCCUACGCAGAUCCAAAUGCCGCAGAUUCAAACCCUUUUACGGAUUACAAUGACCAUGAUCAGUCCAAUGACACAAAGAUGAUGGAAGAGGUUGAUUUCAGAGCUGAUUUUGACGAUGGAAGAGGAACGGAAAGUAGGAUGCACGACGCAGGUGCUGAGGCUGAGGCUGAGUCCGAGGCUCAGUCUGAGGGCAGGGCAGAUGCUGACGACAUCGAUGAAUUCAAGAUCCAGAACGAAUUGGCGGCCACUAUGCAGUCUCUUGCUGUGAAGGCAGAUACUUACGACGAUGCAAGUGCUCAGAACGAUGCCGUGGCUUCUGUGGACGCUGCUGCCACUUCUCGGCGUCUUCUGUCGUCUCUCACGGAGUCUGAUCCUGUUCAUAUCGACGAAAUUGUUCUUCCUGGGGCUGACGAGACUCUUUUCCGUGGCCAAAAUGACCAGGGAGGCCCGUUGGAUGUUCUUGCCAUGACUGACGACUCUUCGGAACCUCUAAAAAGUCCUAACACAAUCAAGAACGACUCGUCGGAACGAUCAUUGGUGUCGCCUAACAAGAAAAAGACACUGCUAAGACGACCUCGUAGAGUUAAAAGCGGAGUAGAUACUCGUCAUACUGAUGAGGUUAACAUUGAUCCACUAACUGCCUUACAGAAGGCCAAGACGAUCAGUAAAGAUGCUGUGGAAACCGCAAAAUUUGCCGUCUCAUCACGUACUAAUCUCAUUGCAUCACUGAAUAAGCCUCUUUUCCAGCUGGAUAGGCAGACGGUUGUUCCUAAGGGUGAAGAAACGGCUAAUUCAAGUCUCAAAUCCCCCCAGGGUAAACCUACACAGGAGCUACCCUCUUACAGCUUCGAUAUUACCGUGGGUGACCCUAUCAAAGUGGGAGAAAUUACAAAUGCUCAUGUCGUUUACACUAUAAGUACUGAAUCGGAUUCACCGAUGCUGAGAACUCCUCAAAUAGAAGUUACACGACGUUAUAGAGAUUUUCUAUGGCUUUAUCAUCAAUUACUCAACAAUCAUCUUGGUUAUAUAAUUCCUCCACCUCCUGAAAAACAGGUUUAUGGUAGAUUUGAUGAUAGGUUUAUAGAAAAUAGGCGUAUUGCCUUGGAGAGGAUGCUCAGCAAGAUCUCUGAAAGACCAGUCUUUCAAAACGAUCCUGAUUUCAUCUUAUUUUUACAGAGUGCCGAGUUUUCCGAGGAAUCGCAUGACCGUGAGCAUGCGAUCAAGCAUGGUAGGGAUGACGAUUCUCCACUGUUUGACGACAAUACCGGCAGUGGUUCGAGCCCUGGCAGCUUUUUCAGCUCUUUAAUGGGACUAAACAUGCCGAAGUUUGUGGAAACAGAUAAUUUCAUUCUCGAGAGACAGAACUAUACUGAGAACUUGAGUAAUCAACUUGGGUCCUUGUCAAAAAGUUUGGAUUUCAUUCUUGAAAAGAGAGAAGAACUCAUCCGAACACAAGGUGAAUUGGUCAAGUUGAUCAGCAGUCUUGCGGAUAUCGAGGUGAAUAGUGAAGUUACAGAAUUGAUGACGAAUUUUGAAGAAUUGCAGAAGAAAAUAGAGCAAUUAAUGGAAAGAAGCAACUUAUCUCAAAUUAUGACAAUAGGUGCAACUAUCGAUGAAUAUAUUAGGGUGAUAGGGUCGAUUCGCAACUGUUUCGAGAACAGAUUCAAGCUGUGCAGCUGUGUAGUGAAUCUGGAGUAUCAGCAAAGCAAAAAGCAGAAGCAGUUGGAGAGAGUAAGAGCAAACAAUCAUAAUCAGACAGAUAAGCUGGAGAAAUAUGAGAAAGAGCUACAGGCUUUUGAUGCCACUUUGGCCAAGCAGCAACGAUUUAGGGAUGAGUUUACCAGGGUUUUGAAGUCGGAAUUGGCCAGAUUCGAGUUUGAAAAAGUCAAGGAGUUCAAGAACGUUAUAGAAAUUUAUUGGGAAGGGUUGAUUGAGAGUCAGAAGGAGUUGAUCGAGCUCUGGGAGAGUUUUUAUAGUGAAAUCGAGUCUAAGUAG